AAACCACAGAUCUUACUUUCUAUCACAAUAGAAAGCAUUUAAAAGGAAAAGCAAACUGUAAUUGACUCAGACGUCUGCAACUCAAACAACUUCAGAAACAAUGAGGACUACUGUGUGUCUGAUUCUUGGGCUGGUGCUGUUGGGCAUCCUGGAUUGUGAAGCUCAGCCUCAUGGGCCUCCAAUCCCUGCUACCUGCUGCUUUUCCUUCAUUGGGUUUCAAAUUCCAGCCAAUAAAAUUAAAAGUGCUGUCGAAACAAGCCCAUCUUGUGUAAACAGAGCUGUAGUGGUCACCACUGAGAAGGGCAACACGUUUUGUGUGAAAUCAAACGAGCCUUGGUUGCCAAGCAUUAAAAAAGAUUCAUAAAUGUUAAAUUCACAUUUGGAACUUCUUGAAUUUCAUUUUUUUAAUAGUCGCUUUUUACUGUACUUGCCCUUUAUUAAAAAAUAUACUUUACAAAAUGAUGAAAUAAAUGAUGGAAUAACUAAUUUUGUACUCAGAUUUUCUACAUGCUUGCUGAAAUUGUUAAUGAAUCAUAUAAAUGAAUAAUAAAAACAGAAGCUUAAAA